CGCGACCAUGCAUCGUCUGCGAGCGAGAAAGUUGUCAAAUCUUUUAGGUUCUCUGGUCAAAGAUUCUCAAAGAAUUGUUAAACCAUGUGUCACAGUGCAGACAAAGAUAUGCCAGAAAAGAGACUAUACUGGCGAGAAUCUUGCCAAAUAUGGAGGUAGAAAUAUGGUUACAGCCUUGACUGGUGAUGGAGUUGGACCAGAACUUAUUGCUCACGUCCAGGAGAUAUUCAGGUAUGCUGGAGCUCCUGUUGACUUUGAACAGAUAGAAAUCAAUGCCAACUCUUCGGAUCCAGAUUUCCUUCAGAAAGCCAUGUUGUCAGUACAGCGGAAUGGAGUAGCUCUAAAAGGAAACAUUGAGACAAAAUUUGACGAUCCAAGCUUCAGGUCCAUGAAUGUUGAUCUCAGGGUACAGCUGCAGUUAUUUGCCAGUGUGGUUUGGUGCAAGUCUCUACCUGGAGUACCUACCAGACAUAAAGAUAUAGACAUUUUACUCAUCAGAGAAAACACCGAGGGGGAAUACUCCAACCUGGAGCAUGAGAAUGUUCCAGGGGUUGUGGAAAGUUUGAAAAUAAUAACUGCAGAAAAGUCAACAAAGAUCGCGAAAUAUGCAUUCGAUUAUGCUCAGCAGAAAGGGAGGAAGAAGGUGACUGCCAUCCACAAAGCUAAUAUUAUGAAGAUGGGUGAUGGGCUAUUCCUAGAAUGCUGUCGUCAAGUGGCUUGUCUGUAUCCUGACAUAGAGUUCAAUGACAUGAUUGUAGACAAUGCUAGCAUGCAGUUGGUGUCCCGACCGCAGCAGUUUGAUGUACUACUGAUGCCUAACCUGUAUGGGAACAUCUUAAGCAACAUCGCUGCUGGUUUGGUAGGAGGCCCAGGGGUUGUGCCAGGUGUCAACAUUGGACGAGACUUUGCUGUGUUUGAAAUGGGCACAAGAAGUUCUGGCCGAUCUUUGAAAGGCAAAAAUGUAGCCAAUCCCACAGGCAUGCUGCUUGCUAGCUGUGAUAUGCUUGACUAUUUAGGGCAUAAUAAACAUGCUGAAAUGAUCAGAGAUUCAGUGAUGACAGUCAUGAAUGAACAUAAGGUUCACACACCAGACUUAGGAGGCCAGGCAACAACUCUCGACCUUGUACAUGCUGUAAUCGAUGAUCUUAAACCAAAGACUCAGAGCUGAAUUUUUUUUCAACAAGAUCCCACAGUGAUUGAGAAGUAGAUGAUUUAAAUUUCGCCACGCAACAUUAAGAAUCUCCGAAGUCAAGAUUUUCCCUUCUGGAUAUACCACCGUGUCGAUACACAAAAAAUGAACUUCUUUACUACUGCAUUUCAAAUAUAUUUCUGUCAUAACAAAUAACAUAUUUGAACAUAUUUAUUGAUCCAGUCCAUUUUAUUUGAAACACAUACUGCCGAUAUAGUUAGGUGCAAUAUAUAUGUGUUUCUUGUUCAUUUUAGUAUGUUGAUAGUAAGCAGUAUAUCUAUGACUUUCAAUGCUGGUUAAGAUUCAUUUCCAGUACAUAUAUAUGUACAUCAUAUGUAAGUAGUAAGUGAAAUCUAAGAAGCCAGUUCAAGUGUUCCGGGGAAGGGAUACAAGGGAAAACUUCCCCAGAAUUAAGAUUUCCUGAGUUGUAAGGAGUCUUUUAUUGAUUACAAAUAUAUUUUGUUAUGAUGCAAAUGCAAUAUUAUCAUCUGUCUUAGUUGACAUUGGUAAAAACUGGAAUGUUCUUUUUUCGAAUUUUAAAUGUGCAGUAUCUUUCAAAUGUAUGUAGUUAUAUAUUUAUUUGUCAUUAAAAUUAUGAAAGAAUGUU